AUGUUCGACGUGUUCGGCUCCGUCAAGGGGCUGCUGAAAAUCGACAGCGUGUGCAUCGACAACAACAUAUUCCGGUUGCACUACAAGGUGACCGUCAUCAUCCUGGUGUCGUUCUCGUUGCUCGUCACGUCCCGCCAGUACAUCGGCGACCCGAUCGAUUGCAUCGUCGACGAUGUGCCGCUCAACAUCAUGGACACGUACUGUUGGAUAUACUCGACGUUCACCAUACCCAACCGUCUCGGUGGCCGCAUCGGCAAAGACGUGGUCCAGCCGGGCGUCGCGUCCCACGUGGACGGCGAGGACGAGGUCAAGUACCACAAGUACUACCAGUGGGUGUGCUUCGUGCUCUUCUUCCAAGCAAUGUUCUUCUACCUGCCCAGGUACAUGUGGAAAACGUGGGAGGGUGGCCGCAUCAAGAUGCUCGUGCUCGACCUCAACUGCCCGAUCAUCAGCGAGGAGUGCAAGAACGACCGCAAGAAGCUGCUGAUCGACUACUUUGCCACCAAUCUGCACACGCAGAACUUCUACGCCAUACGCUUCUUCCUGUGCGAGUUCCUCAACUUCGUCAACGUCAUCGCGCAGAUUUUCUUCAUGGACUACUUCCUCGAAGGUGAGUUCAGUACGUACGGCUCGGAUGUGCUGCGGUUCACCGAAAUGGAGCCAGAAGAACGUGAAGAUCCCAUGGCCCGGGUGUUCCCGAAAGUUACAAAGUGUACAUUCCACAAAUAUGGUCCAUCUGGAUCCAUCCAGAAGUUAGACGGUCUUUGUGUGUUGCCACUCAACAUUGUCAACGAAAAAAUCUAUGUGUUCCUGUGGUUCUGGUUCUUGUUCAUUGCCGUACUCAGUGGUCUCAACUUGGUGUACCGCACAGCCGUUGUAGUGAUGCCCAAAUUCCGUUUGUUGUUGUUGAGAGCAAGAUCUCGUUUGGCUCCUCAGGACGAAGUUGAAACCAUUACCAAGAAGUGCCAGAUCGGUGAUUGGUUUGUAUUGUACCAGUUGGGAAAGAACAUUGACCCCUUAAUUUUCAAGGAGCUUGUAUCAGACUUAGCCAAGCGGUUGGACGGUAAGCAGAGCGUAUAA